UUUUUCUAGGAAUCUAAAAAAGCUUUGUCUAAUGUUGCAUACAAAAAACAGUCGAAAAGAACUUUUGCCAAGUCUACCGCUUUGUGAAUCAAACAAGGUCCCUCAACUAAGUCAGCUGAUUUAUUUAAACAAAAUCUUGGAGUUUAUUUAAUUACACCCAACAAAACACGUUGGAAUAAACAAUAUUUUCAGAUUCAAAAGUGAUAUAUAUUUCAUGUGUCAUAUCAAUUUCAAUAAGCUUUUAUUUACUCCAGGGUGAUACUAACAUGUACUUUGGUCAUCUCCUACCUACAAUUGAAGAAUUAAUUUAUAAUUAUGAAUUAAUGACAAGUGAUCAAACAUUUUCUAAUUAUUUGAAACUUCUGGUGACUGCCAUACUUAAUGGUGUAAAAACAAGGUUUGCCCAUUAUUUGAUAGACAAAUUUUUAAUUACUGCUGCAGUCUGCCACCCACUAUUUAAAAAAGCAUGGAUUAUAAAUGAUAUAAAAAAGCAAUUGGCCUCAGAAUAUUUAAAAAGUGCCUGUUAUGACUUACAUACCAAUGAUAAUGACAAUAAUGAUGUAGAAGAUAACCAAAUGAAGGAUAAUUUAUCUACCUUUUUUAACCGGGUCACAAAAUUCCCAAGAGGAAAAAUCAACAGUUAGUGAUGAAAUAGAUAGAUAUUUGGGCACAUCUCCAACAAAGACUUUAGAAUGUUUGCAUAAUUUACCCACUAUCAAAAAAUUUUCAGGUAUUUGUGAAGCAGAACAUUCCACUACCUAGCAGUGCAUCAGUAGAGAAAGUGUUUAGUGUUUUUGAUGCAACAAUGCUAAAAAAAAGAAUAAAUAUGACGGAUCAACACUCAAAUGUUUGAUUAAUAUAAUAUAUUAUGAAUGA